AUUCCAACAACAAAAAUAACAUCAACACAACAAUAAAAUCAACGACAUCAACAACAAUUCCAACAACAAUAAAACAAAAAUGUUCAUCAUGAGAGAGCAGGUGGAUGUGAUUCACGCUGGAGAACAGCAGAUGCUGCAGACACCAGUGAAGAUUGAAGUGAAGCAGGAGGAGAUAAAAGAAGAAAACACAACAGAAGAAGAACAGAGUGAUGAAGAUGAUGAUGAACAGCAGAUGCUGCAGAUACCAGUGAAGAUGUGUUCAGUGAAGCUGCUGGACUGCAGGAACAUGAUGAAGAUGAGAGGAGAAACCACAGCAGAGGAACAACAGAGUGAUGAAGAUGAUGAUGAUGAAACCACAGCAGAGGAAGAACAGAGUGAUGAAGAUGAUGAUGAUUUUAUUCCUGCAGAGCUGAUGGAAGUGAGAGAGGAACGUGAAGAGCUGAAUGAAGUGGAGGAUGAACAACGUGAUUUUAUAACUGGAUCUCUGAGUGGCUCAAACACUGAAAAUAAAUUCUCACCUAAAAAUCCUCCAAGAAGAGCAGCCAAGAAAUCUUUCACCUGCUCUCAGUGUGGAAAGAGUUUCACAAGUGAAACCAAUCUUAAUAAACACAUGAGAGUUCAUACCGGUGAGAGACCUUACAUGUGCCUUCAGUGUGGGAAAGGUUUUGCAGAUGCAGGCAAUCUCAAGGGUCAUCUCUUUUGUCACUCUGGAGAAAGACCAUUUGAAUGUGAUAAGUGUGGUAAAACAUUUGUUCUGGCACAGUACCUAAAACGACAUCUGAAAUCUCACACUAAUGAGAAGCCUUACAAGUGUUCAUUUUGUGGAAAGAGUUUUACACAACUGUUCUAUUUUAAACAGCACCAGAAAAUACAUAGCAGUGUGGGGGCUCAUAUGUGCUUUGAAUGUGGGAAGAUUUUUAUUAUAGCCAGCAGCUUGAAACUGCACCAAAGAAUUCAUACUGGAGAAAAACCUUACAAGUGCUCACACUGUGGAAAGAGUUUCACUCAGUCAGCAACACUGAAAACACACGAGAGAACUCAUACUGGAGAAAAACCAUACAAGUGCUCUCACUGUGGAAAGAGUUUCACUCGGUCAAAUACCCUGAAAACACACGAGAGAAUUCAUACUGGAGAGGAACCUUACAAGUGCUCAUACUGUGGAAAGAGUUUCAUUCAGUCAAAAACCCUGAAAACACACAAUUGCCUAAGAAGUCAAAGUUAGUGGUUGAUCGAUAUGGAUUUUUCAAUGGGACUACCAUUUGUGUAUAUCAGAAGAUAUCAAGAUUCAUCAGACCAGACUGUGUUUUUCCUGUCUUUAACUGUCCAGUUUUGAUGAGCCUGUGCCCACCGCAGUCUCUGCUUUCUGCUCUUGGCUGACAGAAGUGGAACCUGAUGUUGUCUUCUGCUGUUGUAGCCCAUUCGCCUCACCUCUCUCAUCAACAAGGCGUUUCCAUUCGCAGAACUGCCGCUCACUGGAUGUUGCAUCUUGAGCAACAUUUGACUCUGUGAUCACAAAUAGAUCUACAUAUUGCCCAGAUAGUGUAAAAUGUGAAAGCAUUUUAAUGAAAUUUAAUUAAUAAUACUUUUUUAAAAUUAUUAUUUCUAUAUUUGUCUUGCCAUCUGUGUGUUUACAUGUUGUCUGAUGUCACUAUUUAAGGCCAUCCUUCAUAAUCUGUUUUUGAUUUGUAAUGACUUAGAUACAUGAUACUACACUAUGAUAUUAUUCAUGUGACAAAGCUUUUUCAACUUACUGUAACAUUUAUUGCAAUCAUUAUAAUUAUCCAGCCUAUUGGAAUCAGAAUCAGCUUUAUUGCCAAGUAUGCUUACACAUACAAGGAAUUUGUCUUGGUGACAGGAGCUUCCAGUGUACAACAAAACAAAAACAGCAGCAAGACAUAGAUAAUAAUAAAAAAUAAAAAUAAUUAUACACAUAUGUACAUACACACACAGACACAUGCG